AUGGCGUCAAGUAAAAAAUGUACGAAUCCUACCUGCUCUCCCCUAACUACCACUAUAACUACAACUAGCGAUAUAACAACGAUUCAACCAUUAGAAACUACUUUCUUACCUUCCACAACUUUGAAUUCAGAAGCAACCACUGAAAAUUUAGGUGGAACUGAAGUAUCUACGUUGACUCAUCCAACAACAGAAAUUCUUGUUACCGAUUCUACUAAACAAACAGAAGAACCAGUAACUACUGAAUUUGUUACAAUAAUUACUGGAUCACCAACUACUUGGGCUGCUUACUCUACUGAAGGUACAAUUGCACCUACUGAGUUUUAUACCAGUCAGGAAACAUUAACUACUAGUACCCCUGGUGAUUCAACUGAGGAAUCAACGCUUAUCAAUUCUACUGUAGAAACAGAGGAACCAACAGAAUCAACCAUGAUUACCGAAGCGCCAACUACAGGUUCGUCUACCAUUACUACCAAACGAUCUACGCAACCUCCUACGACCAUUUUCACUGAUCCUACAAGCGAAGCAUCAACAAACACUACUGAGUCAGUUAUAAUUACCGAAACUAUGCCUACUCGAUUGACCUCUGAUACUACUAAUGAACCCCUAACUACUAUGUCGGCUGAGAAAACUGAGAAACCUACAGCAAAGCCAAUUGAUGUAACCACGAUUACAGAUUCGCAAACCACUCUUUUGACUACCGAUGCUAUAGAACCAACUGAAGAGUGUAGAACAACCAAUUCUGUUGAUCCAUCAAGCGAAUCAAUAAUAAAAACUACUGAGUUUGUUAUAAUUACCGAAACUAUGCCUACUCGAUUAUUCUCUAAUACAACUAAUGAACCCCUAACUACUAUGGCAGCUGAGGAAACUGAGAAACCUACAGGAAAGCCUAUUGAAGUAACCACUAUUACAGAUUCAACAAUCAGAUUUUGGACUACCGACGCUAUAGAUUCAACUGAAGAAUCUGAAACAACCAUUUUUGUAGAUACAACAAGCGAAACAACAGUAAAAACUACUGAGUUAGUAGCAAUUACAGAAACUACGCCUACUCAUGGGACUAUUGAUUCAACAGAAGAAAUCAUCACAAUAAUUACGACUGAGAAAAUUGAGGAGCCAGCAUGGGAGUCUACUCAAGCAACUACGAUUACUAAAGAAGCUGUGCUUUCGGAUACUAUGGAAACAACCAAAGAACCUGCAAGUUCCCACCCAACAGAAGAAAUCGUCCCCUCAACCCUAGCACCUACGGACACAACAAAAGAACCUGCAGAAUCUCAUCCCACCGAGGAAACCGCCUUCUCAACCCUGACACCUAAUGAAUCAAUUAAUGUCACUGUAACUAUUCCGAUUCCUACUCUUGCUCCUACCGAUCCAACCAAAACAAUAACACCAACCAUCGAUUCAAUUGAGGAAUCAGAGCAAUGGACAAAGGAACCCCUCGAAUCAACCAUGAUUACCGAAAUUCCAUCCACUCGUUGGCUCACCAAUACUACACUUGAACCAUUAAGUGUGAGCACUGACGCAACAAACAAUAUAACAGUUAAUAAUACCGAGCAAACAAUCAAGGAAAGUGAACCUCCUCUUUGGUCAACUGAUAUAACUAGCGAAGCUUCAACUACUAAUUCUGUAGGGGGAACUAACGAGUCAACAAAGUAUACUACUGAAAGAACUGAAACAACUGAAAUCCUCACCAAUAAUCCUCCAGCUACACCCAUUUACUUAACAAAUGAGCCAACAAUCGAAACCGAAUCAACUAUCAUUACCGAACAUGUACCAACUCUUUGGUCCACCGAUCUAACUGAAAACCCUUCCACCAUAAAUUAUACUGACGAAAUACAACAAACAACAGAUGAACCCACAGAACCAAUGUUGAUUACUGUAACAUUGCCCACAACUACGAUUGCACUUACUAAUGAACCUUAUACUACCAAUUCAACUGUGGGAACAAUCGAGACCACAAUAACACCCACUGAACCAAAUAUUGUUACUGAAACGAUUUUUAAUUUUUGGUCCACCGAUUCAACCGAAAUACCCCUAACUACAAAUUCAACGGAAGAUACAAACAAAGCAACGAAAGAAUCUGGUGAACCAACCAUGACUACUGAAACAAUAAUAUCAACUUCUUCAAGUGAAGAACCUCCGAGUACAAUUUCUACUGAAGUACCGGGGCUGUCAACAAUUGAUCCUAUUGAAUCAACACACAUUACUGAAACAAUUUCCACCCUUUUGCCCACUGAUGCAACCAAAGAAACCUCUGAUUCGCCUAUGAUUACCGAAACACUAUUCACUCUUGACCCUAUCGAUCCAACUACCGAACCUGCAACUACCAGAAUGCCUGAGGAUACCAUGGAACCAACACUUAAACCCACUGAGUUAAACACCAUUACCGAAACUACAACAAUUUCUACAACGAAUUACUCGGAUGAGACAGAGAAAGCCACAGAAGAACCUCUAAGUACCAGUUAUACAGACGCAACAAUUGUUACUACAAUUAAAUACACCGAGCCAACUACUACUACAACGGAAAGUGUACCCACUGAUGGGCCCUCCGAUCCAACUCAUGGAUCUAUGAGCAAUUCAACUGGAGAGAUAAGGGAACCAACAAAGGAACCUACUGAUACAACCGUGGUUACUUCAACUUCUCCCUUCAAUCUCACCUCAACCGAACCCACUAAGCCAUCCCAAGAUCCUACUCAUCAACCAUCAACCGAAUCAACAGAAAGAACUUCCACAACUAAACCUGUAAUCAUGAUUCCAACUCUUAUUACUGUUCCAACAGUACCUACAACUCUAAAACCAACUAAACCCCCAAACACUGGACUAUUAGGCGGUAUUGGUAAUCUAAUUCAUAAUGUUUUAGGUAUUCUGCUAUAA